GGCGGCUGCGGCGCAGGCGGCGCAACCGGCGGCGCAGGUGCAGCGCCGCGCCAGUUUGCUGGCGAACUCGAGCGAAGUUGCGAGCGUGCUCGGGCUAGACGCCGCCGUCUAGACGCGACGCGACGCGCUCCGAACCACCUUCGGGCUUACAUAUUAUUACUAGUACUACCACUAUUACUAUACUACUACUAUUACUACUAGUACUAUUACUAGUAUCGAUACUACUAACGAAGGGUGCCUAACCAAGGAUAAUAUUACAAUUCGUUUGUUCGUCGAAUCGAUCGGUAAUUGUGGUGUGAUAUGAUCGGGGUUAUGGUUUAUUAUGGUAUUAUGGUCGAGAAACGACCUGGACUCGUAUUUAUUGUCGCCAUGAUCGUCGGUAAAUCGUCGGUAUCGUCGUUCUUGUCCUGGACAAGAUCAUAGUGUUGAGCGCUGUUAUGCCUCGUCGUUUGGUGAAUCGUCAACCUGAGAAAGCAGAAGAAGCAGAAGAAGCAGAAGAAGAAGAGGAAGAAGAGGAAGAAGAGGAAGAAGAAGAAGAAGAGGAAGAAGAAGAAGAAGAAGAAGAAGAAGAAGAAGAAGAAGAAGCAGAGGAAGAUAAAGAAAAAAGAAAAGAUAGACGGAUCAUUAAAGCGUGAUAAUUCAAAGGUUAAAGAUUAACCGUGCGUGAUAAAUAAAUCGAUCGGUGAUUCGCAAAGUAUAUUACAUUUGGUUUGAUGAAGAUCGAAGAAUAAACGAAAGUUUCGGGUAAAGAAUAUAUCAGAAAGAAAAAGAGAGAUAGAGAGAGAGAAAGAGAGAGAGAGAGAGAGAGAGAAAGAGAGAGACAGAGAGAGCGAAAGAAGAAGAAGAAGAAGAAGAAGAAGAAGAAGAAGAAGAAGAAGGAAGGGAAAAAAAAAGAAGUCACGGCCGCGGGGGUGGCCAAUAGUGUGAGAGUGCGAUUUAACGCUCGUUGGGAUUUUACCGCAGUAAAAGUGGGUGCACUGGGGCCCUCGGGACCGUUCGGCCGGUACGGGCCCGUCGAAGGUGGGCCUGCUGGUGCUGGUGCUGGUGCUGUUGGUGCUGGUGGUGGUGGAGGUGCUGGAGGUGCUGGUGGGCCUGUCGAGGGAGCGGUGGCAGGGGUGGCCGCUGUCGCGGCUGGGGAGGUGGAGGGCUACGGGAGCGCCGGUGGCGGUGGCGGUGGGCUGGGAGGGGGACCCGGGGGGGUUGGUACCCCCCGGAUAAGGCUCGGCGGCUCUUGCUGCACGCGCCUUUCCGUCACCCAGGCUUGUAGCAUAGGAAGACGAGGUCUGGCGAUGCUCCUGUCAUGUGCAGGAUGCGAGAAACCGAUACUGGAUCAGUACAUGUUCAACGUUUUGGAUCGAGUAUGGCAUGCCCAGUGUGUUCGCUGUUUCGAUUGCGGAUCCGCGUUACAGGACAAGUGUUACUCCAGGGAAGCAAAACUUUUCUGCAGGGAAGACUUCUUCAAACGUUACGGAACGAAAUGCGGCGGAUGCCUUCAAGGUAUCGGACCACAGGACCUAGUCAGGAAGGCAAGGGACAAGGUUUUCCACCUGAAUUGCUUCACCUGCGUGGUCUGUCGAAAGAAGAUGAGCACCGGAGAGGAACUUUACAUUCUGGACGACAACAAAUUCGUUUGCAAGCAAGAUUACAUGUCCGGAAAAUCGAUCCCAGAUACUCAUCACGUUCAUGGCCAUCACGAAUCGUCCAACCUGUCGGCAGGAGGAGACUCACUGAUGGGUUCCGGAUCGGAAGACGAGGACGAGGACGGUAGUGCGCACCAUCAUCAUCAUGGGGGUGUCGGCGGUACACAUCUAGGUUCACACAAUAUGGGUCCUGGUGGUCCAGGUGACCAAAAUGUUGGACAUACUGGUGAUCUACAACUUGUGACUGAUCCUUGCAAACAGGAGGACUCUGAGGAUCAAGGUUCCCUGGAUGGUGACCCAGAAACGAGAGACAGUCAAACGGAAAACAAGAGUCCUGAUGGUGGUGCAGGUGGUGGUAGUGGGGAUGGCGGUGCGGGAUCGAAAAGACGAGGUCCCAGAACAACCAUCAAAGCUAAACAAUUGGAGAUAUUGAAGAACGCUUUCUCAUCUACGCCGAAACCUACAAGGCAUAUCAGAGAACAAUUGGCCAAGGAAACUGGAUUGCCCAUGAGAGUCAUACAGGUCUGGUUUCAAAACAAGAGGAGCAAAGAGAGAAGGUUGAAGCAAUUAACGUCGAUAGGUAGAAGCCCGUAUUAUGCUGGCUCAAGAAAGAUCCGUGGUUUCCCAUUGAAUCUUAAUCCAGCAUUGGGCGGUGAGGAUGGUCCACCACCUAGUUUCGCUUAUUUCGGUGACAAAUUUGAAUUUGGUUAUGGUAGUCCCGUUACGUUUCAUCCGGAAUUUUUUGGCGCCCAUCCACCCCCACAUCCCCAUGGGCCACCUUUCGCUGGACCAGGUAAUCCUGUACGUAAUCUGUUCUUGACAGGUCUAGAUCCAGCUAGUUUAGCGGGUAUGGCAGCAGCAGUGGCGGUGACAGGGGAGUAUCCACCUCCGGGUGCGGGAGGUGGUCCUCCGGAAUUUCUAACAGGGCCCCCUGGGCAGGGGCCUCCUGCACCAACUGGUGGCAGCCCCGGAGAGUUCCUAGCACCUUCAGGUGGAGCGCAGGGUAAUCCUAGUGGUGGGGGUAAUGGUGGAGGACCAGGCGGCGGUGGUGGUGGGGGUGGCUUUCUCGAGCCUCACCAGAUGCAGAGUGAAGGUUUAGCCUGGUAGUACGAGUUUUAAUUUAAAAAAAAAACACGCGCAUACAUACAUACACACACACACACGCACACACACAAACACACAUAUACACACGCAUACGUACACGUACUCGAGCAUAGACAUACAAAAGGAAAACAAAAAACGGGUCAUUCUCAUUUCCCUCCGAAGAAUAAAAUAAUAAUAAUAAUUACAAAAAAAAAAAAUAAAAAAAAAACAAAAAAGAGAAAAAAAAGAGG